GGGAGAGGAUGUGGUGUAGUAGGAUAGAACUGAAGACAGACCCGCACGGAAAACCGUCGUCCAUCGACAGAAGAGAUGCGCGAUAUCAACACAGAACUGAGAGAACGAGGGAGAGGGCGAUGUAAAGAUGGAGAAAUAAUUUGAGAUGCACGCAGAGUCGAGGGGGUUCGUUUUCACCGCUUUUCACCACGUUCUUUGGAGCUAGAAACGCAGAGCGUCGCGUCGAAAUCGAAACGGGGGGCGGCGGGAGGGGGCCAUCAUGGGGAACGAAGCGAGCCUCGAAGGCGGCGAAGGGGUGCUUGCUGGAUUACCGGAGGGGCUCGCACCGGACGGGAAAGGAGGCUUCAUUCGGACCUCCACGGGGGCACAGGUGGACCUGAGCCAACUAAGCGAGGAUGACAGAAAGCAACUCGCAGCGGCUAUGUCAAGGGCGCAAGCCAACAAGCCCGGGGGCGCGCCCGCUCGAAGGCCCUCGGAGGCCGAUGUUCAGCAGCGGCCCCAGCAGCCAAGGGUUGGACCCUCUGUUCGGCUUAGCAAGAGUCGCACCGUAGACGCGUUUGGAGAGGGCCCCACUGGCAGGCCGGCUCCUGGCCGCAGUCCCUCGUCCCUCAGCCUCUUAGAGUCCCGAUUCAGGCAGGAGCCUAAGGACCCAGAGAAGAAAACAGGCAUGUUUGGCUCCAGCUUCCUGAGUGGGGCCAACCCGCUUAAUGCUGUCUCAUCCAUGACCUCCCAGGUGUCCUCUGGAAUGUCCUCAAUGUCCUCCGAGGUCACCUCCAUGGGCUCCGGGGUCAACAUGCCCUCAUUUGGCCUGUUUGACAAGGAAGAAAAGCCUGGAGAGAAGCCCCAAGGUGGGCCCCCAGGGCCGGGCAGCAAGGGCCCCCAGCAGGGGGGGCCAAGACCCCCUGGCCCCGGACAAGGGCCCAGACCCCCUGGGCAGCAAGGGCCCAGACCCACUGGUCAAGGACCCCUUGGGCAGCAAGGGCCCAGAACCCCUGGCCCCGGACAAGGGCCCAGACCCCCUGGGCAGCAAGGGCCCAGACCCACUGGUCAAGGACCCCCUGGGCAGCAAGGGGCCAGAACCCCUGGCCCCGGACAAGGGCCCAGACCCCCCGGGCAGCAAGGGCCCAGACCACCUGGUCAAGGACCCCCUGGCCAGCAAGGACCCAGACCCCCUGUCUCCGGACAAGGGCCCCCUGGGCAGCAAGGGCCCAGACCACCUGGUCAAGUCCCCCCUGGGCAGCAAGGACCUAGACCCCCUGGCCCCGGUCAAGGGCCCCCUGGGCAGCAAGGACCCCCUGGACCCGGUGCACAGCCAGGCGGGCCAGCUAAAGCUGGGGGUCCCCCUGGUCCACAAGGCCCUGGUAAACCACCUGGAGGUGGGCUGUGUCCGCUGUGCAAAAGUACCCAGCUCAACGUGGGCUCCAAGGAGCCGCCCAACUUCAGCAACUGUACCAUGUGUAAGAACCAGGUGUGCAGCCUAUGUGGAUUCAGCCCCCCAGACUCGGAGGGUAAAGAGUGGCUGUGUCUCAACUGCCAGAUGCAGAGGGCUAUGGGGGGUAUGGAUGACCCUCCUAUGAUGGGCAAGGGCUCUGCCCCUCCUUCACCCUCAAGGAAAGACCCUGGAAAAGAUGGAAAGAAGCCCAAUCUACUGAUUAAGCAGCAGAGCAUCUCCGACAGAGGCUUAACCCCUCCAACCACGCCCAAACAGAAAUCCCCCGGCCCAUCUUCCCCGAAAGGCAGCCCCCAGCCCUCACCGGCCAAAGGUAAACAGGAGUCCAGCUUCUUCGGGGGCCUGGGGGGCAUCAGCCUAGGGGGGCUCACCGAUGUGGCCAAGCCUCCAGCCGCUGCCUCCCAGGCGGCCGAGUCCAUCACGGGAACAAUGUUCAGUGGCUUUGGUGGGUUCACUGGAUCAGCCAAACCUGAUCGGGCCAAAGCUGCUGCUGGUACCCAAAAAACAGCAGAGUCGGUGACGGGAAAGAUGUUCAGUGGGUUCGGUGGUUUUACUGAGACAGCCAAGCCCCGGCGGCUGCCUCCCAGAUGUUUGGCUUUGGCUCACUCCCCCUUCUCUGCCCCCGGGUCUCCCCAUGGUUCUCCCCCGGACUCUCCCUUCUCCGCUCCCGGGUCCCCCCCCGACUCAGACAGCCCUGACACCCCACCUGCCUCCAAGAAGGCCCCAAAACGUGCCGUCUCCCUGCUGAAGGACCAAAAGUCCAUAGAAGCAGAUCCCUCCAUGGAGCCUCUGAAAGCGGGGGAGCCGCUUACUACGGCCACAGGAUCGGGGGCCCAGGAAAACUGCCCUCUGUGUAAGGUGGAGCUGAACGUUGGAUCAGCAGACCCCCCUAACUACAGCAACUGCACUGAGUGCAAGAAGAGUGUGUGCAACCUGUGUGGCUUCAACCCCACACCUCAUCUUGGUGAGAAAGAAUGGUUAUGUCUCAACUGCCAGACCCAAAGAGCUCUCUCUGGCCAGCUGGGCGAUAUGCCCCCUCCACCAUCUCCUGUGAAGAAGCAACUACCCACACCUACCCCUACCCCUCCUGCCUCCCCUGCCAAAGUCCCUGACUCCCCAGCUGCUGCUGCCUCUCCAUUAACGGGAAGCCCCUCAGUCACUCAGGUAGAGGCAGCAGCAGCAAAGGAAGACACCCAGCCGCUUCCCAUGUCCAAGGUAGUAGCAGCACGCACCCCGCCCCAAACACCAGACGCUGCGUCUGCAAACACAGACACCACACCCAUCCCACCUGAGCAUGCCACCCCUCCUUCUGAUAGUGUCCCAGAGGAGAAAGAAUCAGAGCAGGCUGAAACAGUGGAAGCUAUAUCUGAGACUAUACUGGAUGAGCCUGUGACAGAGAGUGUAGUGGAGAGUGCUGUCGAAGCCUCAGUGGUGGAGAAAGACCAAGAGCAGGCUGAAGCAAUAGAAGCUAUAUCUGAGACUAUACUGGAUGAGCCUGUGACAGAGAGUGUAGUGGAGAGUGCUGUCGAAGCCUCAGUGGUGGAGAAAGACCAAGAGCAGGCUGAAGCAAUAGAAGCUAUAUCUGAGAGUAUACGAGCUGAGCCUGUGCCAGAGAGUGUAGUGGAGAGUACUGUUGAGGCUCCGGCAGUGGAGAAAGACCCAGAGCAGGCUGAAACGAUGGAAGCUAUAUCUGAGACUAUACUGGAUGAGCCUGUGACAGAGAGUGUAGUGGAGAGUGCUGUUGAAGCCUCGGUGGUGGAGAAAGACCCAGAGCAGGCUGAAGCAAUAGAAGCUAUAUCUGAGACUAUACUGGAUGAGCCUGUGCCAGAGAGUGUAGCGGAGAGUGCUGUUGAGGCCCUGGCAGUGGAUCACCCAGAGAGUGUAGCGGAGAGUGCUGUUGAGGCCCCGGCAGUGGAUCAUCCAGAGACUAUGCCAGAGAAAGUUACAGAAGAACAGUCACCACCCGAAUCAGAUUUCCAGCCUGCAGUUGUAGAGGAGCCUGUCAUUGCUCCCCCUGUAGAGAAUGAGUCAGAAAAGCCUGUUGAGGCAGCACCCGAGCCAACUCCAAGCCCAGAUAAAGUGCAGAGUGAAUCUACACCAGAGGAGAUCUCACCGGCUCCCUCUGCAGGUAGUGAGAAAGAGGAGCUCAUCCUAGAGAAGGUUCUUGAAGAGGAAGCUAAGCCGGUAGAGCCAGAGGUGAUUCCAACACCUGAAACGGUCACACAGGAAACUACUGUCCAACCUGACCAAUCACCAGAGCCUGUACCGCCAGCUCCUGCAGUCACUGAGGAAGAAGGGAAAGCAGUGAUGAUUGAGGAAAAACCUAGGCAGCCACCUAAAGCUGAGGAGAAAGCUCCUACACCCCCUGCAGUCACCGAGCAGGAGGAGAAAACUAAAGAGCCAGAGCCUCAAGCAACUACUGUUGAACAGCCUCCAACUGAGGUGUCUUCAGUACAUACAGGUCCAAUAGCAGAGAGGUCAGAUGUGGCGACUAAGAUGCCAGAGGUGGCUCGGGCUCCACCAGUUAAGGUUGUAGAGAAUUCGGCCUCAGCUCCCGAAGCCCCUAAUGGGCCGGUAGAGGAUUGUGCAUCUCCCAAACCAGCAGAGCUAGAGCCUGUGCCUUCACAAAAAGAGGAGGUACCCCCUGCAGUAGACGAAACUCCCCCUGCAGUUGCUGAGAAUGAACAGCCUAAAGAGGUAGAGACCGUUCCACAAACUGAGGCAGUUGAGUCUGUAGCCCCAUCUCCUCCUCUAGUUACUGCUAAAGUUGAGAAGAAGCCUGUAGAGAAGGAGGAAGAACCAAUACCGCCAGCCCACGUAGAGGAUAAACCUGUAGAGAAGGAGGAAGAGUCAAUUCAGCCAGCCCAAGUUGAGGAGAAGCCUGUAGAGGAGGCAGAGCCAAUACCGCCAGUCCAAGUUGAGGAGAAGCCUAUAGAAGAGGCAGAGCCAAUUCAGCCAGCCCACAUAGAGGAUAAACCUGUAGAGAAGGAGGAAGAGUCAAUUCAGCCAGCCCAAGUUGAGGAGAAGCCUGUAGAGAAGGAGGAAGAGUCAAUUCAGCCAGCCCAAGUUGAGGAGAAGACUGUAGAAGAGGCAGAGCCAAUUCAGCCAGCCCAAGUUGAGGAGAAGACUGUAGAGAAGGAGGCAGAGCCAAUAACGCCAGCCCAAGUUGAGGAGAAGCCUAUAGAAGAGGCAGAGCCAAUUCCGCCAGCCCAAGUUGAGGAGAAGACUGUAGAGGAGGCAGAGCCAAUUCCGCCAGCCCAAGUUGAGGAGAAGCCUGUAGAGGAGGCAGAGCCAAUUCCGCCAGCCCAAGUUGAGGAGAAGCCUGUAGAGGAGGCAGAGGCAAUUCAGCCAGCCCAAGUUGAGGAGAAACCUGUAGAGAAGGAGGCAGAGCCAAUUCCGCCAGUCCAAGUUGAGGAGAAGCCUGUAGAAAGUGAGGCAGUAGUAAAGAAAGUACCAGAGGCUUCUCCUGCACCUCCUGCUGCUGAACCAGAAAACGUUAGCCCUGAGAGAGAUUACGAAAGGACAGAGUCAGAAACAGUGGUUGAACCCAGCCCAGAAGUCAAAGCCGAGGAGUCAGUUUCACCAUCCCCUUUUGAGAAAAAAGUCCCUGAACAGCUCCCAGAACCUGAACCACAAUCAGCUAAAGUUGAUCAGAUCCCACCUCAGGGGGCUGUAGAAGCUCCAGCACCAGUAGUAGAAAAAAACACAAAUGAAACUGAAACGGAGGCUGGAGCAGAAUGUGUAGGUCAGAAAGACGAAAAUCUGACAUCUGUGGAUACAAAGGUUGAACCAGAGCCAACAGCAGAUAAUAAGGCUGAAAAAACCCAGGAUGAGUCUACUGCUCCAGCUUCUGAAGCUAAAGAGGAAGAAAAGGUCAAAGCAGAGCACUUAGAACGAGCUACAGAGGCAGCGUCACUAUCAUCUGCUGCUAGUGAGCCACAAGCCCCUGAGAACGUUUCAGAGGAGAAACCCACACAGGAAGGAAAAGACGCUGCAAACAUAGCUGAAAAUAAACAAGAGGUGUCUAUAGCUGAGAGUAGGGUGCCAGCUCCUACUGUGUGUCAUGAGAAAGCAGUGCAAGAGAAAGAAUUAUCCAAACAUGAAUCCAAGCAAACUCCAAAGACAGACUCUGUGUCUGAGAGCAUUCAGCCAGAGAAAGAGAAAGUGGUUGUGUCACCACCUGUAGUUAGUGAAAAGCAAGAACAUUUUUCAGUAUCAGAGGUGAAAGCUGUGAGUGACAGACAGGGCAGCGCAGAAGACAAAAAAAUACCAGAGCAGACUAAAAUAUCUGAAACUGUAUCUGAAAAUGAGUCUAUUGCCCCAGCCCCUGUAGUAGAACCUGACACCCUAGUCCCUGUAGUUGGUGAACAGGACGACGACAAACCCCUGAAUGAAGAGAAGAUAAUAGAGGCUGAACUGGAUGCAGUUGGAGAGGUAACGCUGAAAGACCCUGGAGAAAAAAACACCAUCGCCAAGGAUAGCAGUCCCACCAGCCCCUCAGACCUUGCCAAGCUUGAGAGCACUGUCCUUCCCAUACUAGAGGCCCAGGCUACACAACCAAAGGAUAAUUCAGACAAACUGACGGACUCACUCAAGACCAGACGCAAACUUGAGGUGCUACCCCUCUCACCUGAAUCUCCCAGCACAGAGGAUGACCCAGAACUCUCAGAGAAGAAGGACGCCUCAGCAAAGAAAAAGCUGCUGGUGCCGACAGACAUCAGGGGUGACUCGUUGGAGGACAGCAGUGAGAGCUUAGGGAAAGAUAGUCCCGUGUCAGGGGAUGACGAAGACUUAAUUCGUAAACAGAUCAUGGAGAUGAGUGAGAACGAGGAUGCUUCGCCGUCAGACGAAGAAAACCUCAUCCGGCGAAAGAUCCGAGAUCAUGAGAGGAAACAAAUGGAGCAGGAGAAAGGGGAGAGGAAGGAGAGAAGCGCAAUGGCAAAAGGCAGGCGGCUCCUCAAGAAGAACACCAUCAGCCCUGAGGACGAAGAUGAGCGGCAAAUCUCACUGGAUAAACCUGACAAGGCAUGGAAAGAGGGAUCGAAACCCAAAGUCUCAGACUCUCAGGAAGGGGAACAGCCUUCGGCCGAUAGAGUUGUGGCAGUACGCCAAUUCAGAACCAUCGAGCUCAACACGACUACCACCCCUGUGCGCAUACCGGGUACGUCAGAUGAUGGAGAGCUUGAGAUGGAAAGCCUCACCAACUCCCCUGAUGAUCGCUCCAGGGGCGAUGGGUCCUCCAGCCUGCACGCAUCCAGCUUCACCCCUGGGACAUCGCCUACAUCCCUAUCCUCUUUGGAUGAGGACAGUGACAGCAGUAGUCCCAGCCGCAUGCACAGUGGCGAGGGGAAACAGCACAGAAAAGCGAAGCAUAGACAACAAGGCCAAGGUCUACCCACCAUCGAAGACUCUUCUGAGGAAGAGGAGUUACGAGAGGAGGAGGAUCUGUUAAGAGAACAGGAGAAGCAGAAAGGCUCUGGGAAGAAGUCGAAGAAGGACAAAGAGGAGAUCCGAGCUCAGAGGAGGCGGGAGCGUCCCAAAACACCGCCUAGCAACCUCUCUCCCAUUGAAGAUGCCUCCCCAACAGAAGAGCUGAGGCAAGAGGCAGAGAUGGAGGAGUUCAGGCGAUCAUCCUUAUCCGAUUUCUCUCCCAGCAUUGAGUCAGAACCAGAGGGAGUUGAGAUCAAUGCUGCAAAGAUUGCAGCAGUACAGAAAGUAUAUCAACUUCCUACAUCUGUUUCUCUCUACUCUCCAACAGCUGAUCAAGGUGCUAAUAAAAGCCCUGAAAAACGAGCCCUGAAAACGGCAGACGAAGCCUACGAAGAUAUCAUGCUAAAGGCUAAAACACCCACAAAGGAAAAGGUGGACAUCCCUCUGGGGAAAGAGUCCCUCUAUGGGGGGAUGCUGAUAGAAGAUUAUGCCUAUGAGUCUCUUGUUGAUGGAAAUGGAAAGAAAGUCCAGCAGCAGGAGCCUGAGAAAAUCUCAGUGCCAGCUCAGCCCAAAAUACUGAGAUCUCCAGAUGAGGUUUACGAAGACAUGAUGGAGAAGAAGAAAGAAUUCAUGUUGCUGGAGCAGGAACUGAAAAAAGCACAGUCCGUGUCAGAUAGACCCACACCAGAGAUUGUAUUGCAACCCACUGAGCCAACCAGAUCCACAAGUGUUACAGUUACUAUAGGCAAGGAUGGGAAACCACUGCUCGAUGCUGAGGCUACGUAUGAGGAACUCAUGAAGAAAGUUCUGACUCCUGGGACGAGCCCGACACAGCAGGGUCCUGAUAUAUCUGGGGCGGCCCCUGGUGGUGAGUUCGAAGGUACUGAAUCCAGAAGGGCUCUGCGUCCCAUACCAGACCUGAGGGUUACACAGUGCUCCUCAGGGGAGGAGGACGCUGAUGAAGAGGCCACUGAGACCAAAAGUCAAGAUAAGCCAAAGACUUCUUCAGACAUUCCUAAAGCUGAUCAGGCACCCUUAACAGCUGCUGCAGAAACUAAGUCCAAAUCAGUUGCUUGCAAGGUCCCCCCAUUAACAACUUCAGACCAACCACAGACCCAAUUUGAAACUUCCCAGGCUGACCAGCCUCUGGACAUAACCCAACAGGAUGUCAUGGACUUGUCUAGUAUAAAGUCCUCAGCCCCUGCUGUUGCCAGUGUAUCGCCCUUACCCACCGUCCCUCAGUACACCCCCACUGUCCCCAGUGUAGUGUCGACCACCCCACCAGUGCCCCCCAAACCAGCCAUCCUGCACAGGGCUCUGUCUCAGGAAAAAGCAGACAUUCCUGAACCCCCUCCACUGCCCCCUCCCACGAUGCCAAAGCCAUCGGUUUACCCCAGGAAACCCCCUGUUCCGCUUCCAUCUCAGGCUAUAAUCAGGUCAGAACAUGUUGCCAUGACAACAGCCCAAGGGUCGCCGGUAAGACAGCCUCAUAUCCCCCCACCGGUUCCUCCAAAGCCAGCAAUCCCUGCUGGAAUGGGGUACAGCCACAGGCCAGGGGAAAAUGUCAAACCACCCCUUGCUCCAAAACCUGUCUCUCAGCCUGGCUCUCCUGCCCACAUCCAAUAUCCAAGACCCACUGCCCUCCACACAGGCCAUGCUGAUAUAGCCCUGAAUCUGAGCCCCUCAGCUGAAUGCAGGCCAGGUCACUUCUCAGGUCAUUCCUCGGGUCACUCCUCGGGUCACCCAUCCCCCACUUCUCCGCGAUACGGCAAUCGACACGAAACUUAUGUGGUUAUAACUCUGCCAUCCCAGCCCAACUCUCCAGUGGAAGGGAUCACCACCCAGGCCCCAUUCAGUCCUGGUCCAGCAUCUCCUUCAAGACAUGCCCAACCUCCACCUCAACUUCAAACACAGUAUCAACCACAACCUCAACCCCAGAAACAACCACAGCCACCUCCACCACACACAAAUAGGAUGCCCCUGGCAUUCACUCGCAUCACUGAGUCCAUGGAAAGUCAAGAGAUAUGUGGGCCAGAGAAAGUUGUGUCAAGCUCCUGUCAUGUCAUUGAGGCUAUUUCAGCAUCCGCUCCACCCCCAGAGGUCCGGUUAGGGCAGGUCACUCAGUUUGUGACGACAGAAGUUCAAAGAACCAUGGUGUCUGUCCGACACGAAAGGUCACCGCCCCCACCUCCGGCCCCAAGAGCGAACGGUGUUCCAAUCUCACUGGAGAAACCUAAACCACAACAGACACAGAGUGCACAGGGCUACCAGCCAGGGGAGGUAGUAGAUCUUCGUACCAUGAAGGUGAAUUCAGAAUCGGCCAUGAAAGUGGUGGAUCUGUCUUCUUCAGAUGUUAGACGCCAGUCCUUGGCCACAGACGGUCGUCAGACAAGCGCAGUGCAGUCCCCAGUGGUAAAUCUCAGCACUGAGUCGACCAGUGUUUCCAUAGUGACUGACAGCAUCACCAUAGUUACAUGUGCUGCCACCAUACAAAGUUACGAAAAUACCAACAUAUCCCAAGUCCCUUCUCUGCCCCUUCAGCUUACAACCACAAACAAAGCCUUCGAGCCUGUUUGUCAGAUUAUCUAUCGGCCCAUAGAUGCACAGCCCACAACCAGCAACAAUGCUGAGAUCCCGAUUAACCUUUCUCUAGGACCUGGCACAGGCUUAGGGUCAUUCCAGCCACCUGUCACUAUCGCCCCUACCCCUGCCCUAGGGUGUGUGGCUAAUGGUCUGAGCAGCGGGAUGCCGACAGUAGCAGGUGCAGUGGACCUUAGCACAGCCAAACCCUUCAACACUGUGGUUUCGGUCGACGCUUCCUCUGCGGAAGUGUUCACAGCUGUGAUCACAGAGGAGGAUGGGAAACCCGUGGACCUGACAGCUGGGAGAAGAGCUGUCUGCUGUGAUGUUGUCUACAAGCUGCCAUUUACAGGUAGCUGCACCACCCAGCAGCCCACUACUCCAUUGCCCGAAGACCGCUUCGGUUACCGAGAUGACCACUACCAAUAUGACCGCUCACCGUACAACAUGAGGGGCUUCGGUGGCAUCAAACCCUCCAUGUCCGACACCAAUCUGGCUGAGGCCGGGCUUUUCCUCUAUAAGAGCAAGAACAGUUACAAUUUCCAUGGCACCACAGAGGGUGCAGUAGACCUGACAUCCUCCAAGACAUCUGAUGCAGGUGUAGCUUUGGACUUCUCCACCAAAGGCUCAGGGUUAUAUUCAGGAAUGAUAAUCCCCCCAUAUUCCCAAGCUAGAGUCAAAGGAGCUGUUGGGACACACUUUGGCACGAGCAGUGUCCUGAGAUCCUCCAAUGGGGUGGUGUACUCUUCAGUCUCAGUACCAAUCCCAUCCACCUACGCCAUCACCACACAACCUGGGUCCAUAUUCAGUACCACUUACAACUCCCUGUCGGCAGGCAUGCACACCAGCGACACCAUGCCAUCCCUAUCCACUCUCCAGAACCAGCCCAUGACUCGGUCCCACAGCUUCAUCUCCACCACCUCUGCAGACAAUCAAGGGGAUGUCCCCCUCAACCUGGAACUUGCUAAAGAUGGCAUAUCCACCACUGUGGCCCUCAGCACCAAAACAGUCACCCUGGCCCUGGAAAGGCUGGACUCGUACACGGACUCGUCCCUGGAGGCUAUCGCCGCCUCGCUGGAGGCCCUGUCCUCGCCCUGUGUGCCAGGGGAGGGCCAGUACCAGAUGCAGCGUGAGAUUCUGGAGAUGGAGAAGUUCAAACAGCAGCGGUUGGCUGAAGAACUGGAGUGGGAGCGUCAGGAGAUCCAGCGCUUCCGUGAGCAGGAACAGAUGCUGGUGCAGAAGGAGCUGGAGGAGCUGCAGUCCAUGAAGCAGGCCAUCCUGUGCCAGCAGGAGGAUGAGCGCCAGGCCCACCUCAUGAUGCAAAAGGAAACCUAUGCCCAGCAGCAGCAGCAGCUAGAGCAGAUCCAGAGGCUCCAGGAGCAGCUCCGAGCACAGCUGGAGGAGCAGAAGUUCCGGAAGAUGUACCCGGGGGAGGUGUUGCUGGGGCAUGGCCAGCAGGAGGCAGUCGUCCUGGGGCCGGACGGCACCGAGCUGGCCCGGAAAAUCAUGGACAGUGGGUGUCAGACGGACGACGAGGACAGUGUUGUCGAUAAAGCCUACACGGCAGGGAGGAAGAAGAGAAGCACGGCCAAGAAGAGUGUAGACAGCUGCGUGCAGACGGACGAUGAGGACCAGGAGGAGUGGGAGCCUGCUCGGGCCAGACGUAGCAGGCCCCGCACGUCAAGGGGGGACAGAGGCGGACAGACUUCUGAUAUAUCCAUUCAGGCUCACUCCGAGAUCUCCAUACAGACGGACUCUGCAGGGAAUGUAAGAAUGGACACCAGGAUGGAGCUCUCCGACUCGGAAAGUCCACAUUGGGAAGACAAGAGACGGCCCACGCCCUUGGAGAUAGAACAGUCUGGCCACCUCAGAGCUGACCCCUCCUCACUUCAGGCCCCGCCCAAAUCCCCCAAUGUUCUCUACUCCCCCAUAUCCCCCUGCAUAUCCCCAAGCAAAUCCCUUGAGUUUGUGUCCUAUGAGAAAUCACUGGGUGAUACAAGCCCACAGAGAAUAAGAGGGAGUACUGAUCCGACCAAAGUCUCUCCAACCGGCAGCCCCAAGGGACCUAAGGCCAUGCAGAGAUCCAUGUCCGACCCCAAGCCCAUGAGUCCAACUGGAGAGGAGAGGGCAUCAUCCAGUUUCCAGUAUGGUGACGGUUCCUCCGGCAAAAGCUCGUCGGGCAGCACCCCAACUGGCACCGGCAAGAAGGUGAAGAGGACCCUGCCCAACCCGCCCUCAGAGGAGGAGGCAACAGCCGCCGGCCAGACGGCCUACAGCACUGGCUCGGCCCGCCGUCGCAUGUGCCGCAACACCAACAUGGCGAGAGCCAAGAUCCUGCAGGAUAUCGACCGAGAGCUGGACAUGGUGGAGCGUGAGUCGUCCAAGCUCCGCCACAAGCAGGCGGAGCUAGAUGAAGAAGAGAAGGAGAUCGACGCCAAGCUACGCUACCUGGAGAUGGGCAUCAACCGCAGGAAAGACGCCCUCCUCAAGGAGAGGGAAAAGAGGGAGCGGGCCUACCUGCAGAGCGUGGCCGAGGAUCGUGACUACAUGUCAGACAGCGAGGUCAGCAACAUCCGGGAGACACGGAGCGGCCGUGGCAGUGGAGAAGAUGAUGAGAUGGGAAGUCACGGGCUGGAGCGCCCCAGGACGGCACCCCAAUCAGAGCUGGAUGAUUUUGUGCCACCACAGACCACACACGAGGCCCAGUACGGCACGUACUCCCAGUACCAGUACCCACUGAGCCAGACGCUGUACCAGCAGCAGUCACUCUACCAGUCUCCCCAGUCCUACCAGUCUCAGUCCAUCUAUUCCUCAGUCCCAUCCCUGUCUAGCUCCCAGCAGCAGAGCUACCACCAGAUGCUCCUUCUCCAGCAGAAGGCAGCCAGGCAGGCGGCCCUGAUCCAAGAGUUGGACGCGUCGUCAAAGUACGAAAUCAUCAGCCGACAGCCCGACCCCGUGUCCUCUGCCUACAUGGGAGGGGUCAGGUACGACAAGUACGGUAACCACUUGGACCUCCGGGCCCUGGAGGUGGGGGGCAGCAUGGCUGGCAGCCCCAUGUCCAACGUGUCGGCCGACUCCUUCUAUGGAGACGUGGAGCACCACCACCACACUCCACGAAGCUACGUCCUCCUAGAAGAUGCGGCAGAGCUGGCCAAGAGCUCCACGAGUCUGGCUUCAUCCAGCUACGCCCAGGCCGAGAAGGAGCUGGCUAAGGCAGAAAGGCUGUUGCGAAGAAGUGCAGCCGACUUGACCUCCACCGACUACCUGGGCUCCAGCUCCAGGCUCCACUCCGGGUAUGGAAAGACCCCAGACGAUGAGGACUCCAUGGACGACCCCUACGAGCUGAAGCUCCUCAAGCAGCAGCUGAAGCAGGAGUUCCGGAGGAGCACAGGGGGAACAGAGAGCCUGGACCCGCUGACAGGUCUCUCCCACAACUACUACGGCACCCCCAGCUCGGGUGUCUCCUCCUCCCAGAGUUACUCCCAAAGACACUACCCCAAGACGGAGAAAUACAGCAUCAGCCGGCUGACCCUAGAGAAGCAGGCAGCCAAGCAGCUCCCGGCAUCCAUGCUGUACCAGAAGCACAAAGCCCCGCUGACCGACCCCAAAGUCUCCAAGUACUCCUCCAUGCAAGACGGCAGGAGUCUGGAGACAGACUAUACCAGCUAUUUAGGGUCCAGUAACGUUAGCGCAUCUCCCAGAUCCAGCCGGCUCCUUCAGGACGAGAUCACAUUUGGACUACGCAAGAACAUUGCAGAGCAGCAGAAGUACCUGGGCUCCACGUUGGGUGCCAACCUGGCUGGCUCGCUCAACUUCGGCCAGAGCCUGGCCUUGGACUCGACUUCCUACCCCAGUGGCAGCCGGUCACGGCCCUCUUCUAGGCCCAACUCCGUCUAUGGCCUGGAUCUCUCACUCAAAAGGGACCCAUCCAGUUCCUCUUUGAGGCUCAAGGGGGACGGCGAGGCGGCCUCAGACAGCUACCAGAUGCCAUCAGGGCGUGCCAAGCCCACCAGCCUGCCCAUCGUGCAGGGCGGCCGGGGGCGCAUCCCCAUCUUGGCGCAGAACUCUGAGGAGGAGAGCCCGUUGAGUCCUGUGGGCCAGCCUAUGGGCAUGGCGCGGGCGUCGGCGGGGCCCCUGCCGCCCAUCUCGGCCGACUCACGGGACCAGUUUGGUUCGUGCCUCUCCCUGCAGGACUCCCAGCAGCAGCAGCACCUGAGGGAAGAGCCAACGAGGGGUCGGGGCUACGUCUUGAUGGACGACCUCCAGGGCACCAUGUCGGACGGCGAAGCCUACCACCUACGGCUAGAGGAAACGGACUGGUUUGACAAACCCCGCGAGGGACGACCAGAGAACGGACAAGGACCGGACAGGAGACAGGGGAAGGGUGUUUACUACCCCUUUCCUCACACCAGAGUCAAACUGCAGAGGGAUCCCAAGGACCGCAGCGUGUCAGGGAAUGGAUUGGGUAUCAGAGUGGUGGGAGGUAAAGAGGUUCCAGGGACCAACGGACACAUCGGAGCCUACGUAGCUAAAGUCUUACCUGGAGGAGUUGCCCAACAGACUGGGAAGAUACUAGAGGGAAUGCAGGUGCUGGAGUGGAACGAGCUUCCUCUGACGGGGAAGACCUACGAGGAAGUGCAGGUGCUUGUGGUACAGCAGUGUGGCGAGGCAGAACUCUGCGUGAGACUAGAUCUUAACAUGCUGGCUGACUCAGAGGGCUCUCAGCACCUUGAUCUCCCAGACCAGAGCAAACCAGGUGACAGACCCCCCAGGUCUCCAGGGGUGGAUCCGAAACAACUGGCUGCAGAGCUACAGAAGGUGUCCCUGCAGCAGGCUCCUCCACCUACCACCGCUACGUCCUCCUCCUCCACAGUGGGGGGAGAGAAAGGACCCCACUCUGCCAUCUCAGGCGCCGCCUCGGCCACUUCUAGCGCCAUCCAGAGUCCGGGACAGCCGGGGUCGCCCUCCGUCAGCAAGAAACGCCACAGCAGCAAGUCUGCGGAACCAGUGAAGACACAAUCCCACCCUGUUACUGGAGAGAUACAGCUUCAAAUCAACUAUGACAAGCAGCUGGGGAACCUGAUUGUUCACGUGCUCCAAGCCAGGAACCUGUCCCCCCGAGACAACAACGGAUACUCCGACCCCUUCGUCAAAGUCUACCUCCUCCCGGGGAGGGGUCAGGUCAUGGUUGUCCAGAAUGCCAGUGCUGAGAAUAAGAGGAGAUCAAAACAAGCUGGCCAGAGUCUGAACCCAGAGUGGAACCAGACUGUUAUCUAUAAGAACAUCCACCUGGAACAGCUGAGGAAGAAACUGCUGGAGGUGAGCGUGUGGGACUAUGACAAGUGCUCCUCCAACGACUUUCUGGGAGAGGUGUUGAUGGACCUGUCCAACACAGCUAACAUGGAUAACGUCCCACGCUGGCUCCCUCUGAAGGAACAGAGUGAGGGAGAGCACCACCGGCGCUCCCUUUCAGCACAGGGGCGCCAGCACUCCCCCAAGCCCCCCUCGCAGCACGCCUCCCCCAAAACCCCUGCCCACGGUAACCAGGACUCCCCCAAGCCCCCCUCGCAGCACGCCUCCCCCAAAACACCCGCCCACGGGAACCAGGACCCGCCCAAGUCGUCGGUCAUCAAGAGCCGGAGCCACGGGAUCUUCCCUGAUCCAGCCAAGGACACGCAGGUGCCCACUAUUGAGAAAUCUCACAGUAGCCCCGGCACAUCGAAGCCUUCCCCGUCCGAGGGCCACAGCCAACAUACGCCACGCGCGGCUCCACGUGCGGCACCUCGCAAAAGUGCAAGGCAACACCAGCAGGAUGGCGCCGGCGGUGUCGCUGUAGCAACGGGUGAAGCUCCGGCUCCGCAGCAACAGCACCGCCUCCAACCAAUCUCCUACCCCCCAGCCCAAAGAGGCCGCCUCUCCCUGAGGCACCACAGACACACCAUAGUGGGCGUGCUCACCAUUCAGAAAGCCCAAUCCGAUUCGCUCCCCGCCCCGCCGGGCCCGGCAGCUUCGGCCACUGGGAGCCAAGCAGACGGCAGACACCUGACCUUCAGGAAAGCCUUGUCUGAAGAGAGGCCACAGAGAGAAGGAGCACGGCCCGGCAGGUCCGGCGACGCCCCGCUAACAGCCGCCUCAUUGGACAGCGGUCUGAGUGGCAGUGCUCACAGCCUAUUGGAGGAUGAGGGUGGGACUAAUGCCGUGGACAGUGCCAUCUUCCAGGUCCCUCGGUUUGGGAAGAUUCCAAAUGGCACUGACGUGAUGAUGUCACCAAUGGGCCAUAUGGACUCUGAGGGUAAGACCCAGGUAAUGGGAGAGAUCAAGAUAGCUCUGAGGAAGGAGCUAAAGACAGAGGGAGACCAGCUGGUGUUGGAGAUUCUCCAGUGCAGAAACAUCACCUACAAGUUCAAGUCUCCAGACCACCUGCCAGACCUCUAUGUGAAGCUGUAUGUGGUGAACAUUGCGACCCAGAAGAGGAUCAUUAAGAAGAAGACCCGGGUAUGUCGUCACGACCGCGAGCCCUCCUUCAACGAGACCUUCAGAUUCUGCAUGAACCCCACCGGCCACUCUCUGCAGCUCUUCCUGGUGUCCAAUGGGGGGAAGUUCAUUAAGAAGACCCUGAUCGGAGAGGCCUACAUCUGGCUGGAUAAGGUGGACGUGCGGAAGCGAGUGGUCAGCUGGCACAAACUGCUGGCUAGCUCUGCUCAGAUCCACUCCUAAAGAACCUACUGUUAACCUUGUCUAUUCUAUAGGCUCUUAACUCGCAGAGAGAAAGACGAGGAUGGCUAGGGCGCUCGAGUUUACUGUCUCCAUCACUGAUCCACUCUUUAUGGACCUACUGGACAUACUCACAGGUCCACCAUUGGGGUCGGGCGAGGACCGUUAGGGUGCAGGAGUUAGACAUCUCUUACGCAUCCUGUGGAUCUUGAGUUUUGGUGUCAAGGGUCAGGGGUCAGCGUUUGAAUUGCUUGAGCUGUGACUGGGGAUUGGCUAGUGGGGAGGAAGUAGGUAUGUGUUUACAGGAAAUUAACUUGUGUUUACAGGAAUUAGUGUAGCCAGGGCAGGGAGGAGGACAUUGAGGCAACAAAGCAAGAACAGAAUCAACCAGGUAUUACACACUCUCACACACACAGUGAAAAACACAUUCAAACACACCACAAAGAAAGAUGAUCGUAAGAGACUGACACAUAAAUACAGGGGAUGGACAUGUUUAGAUUCUCUCAUUGCUUUAUUUGACUGGAGAUGUUUUUAUUUAUGAAUGACAUUUUAACUACCUGUGGAUUCCCCUCAUGGCUUUGUAUAUUGUUAGAAGAAUUUAAUUAAUUUAUGAAGCAUUUUGGGAAUUAAAUGUUGAAGAUUUAUUAUAUGGAGAUUGCACCUCUUAUUUUUGUAUUAUAAUUAUGAUUAUUAGAGUUUUAUUGAUUAUUCUCCUCAAUUGUUUAAGUACUGAAUGAUGAAUGAAGAAUUUUUUACCCAGGGACGCACAGUAUAUUUUGUGACAUACUCUCACUUUAAUUCUAAUUCUCGAUUUGAAAUGACUCCCUCAUCUGGCACAAGGUACAAAGACCUUGGCAAGCAUGUUUUUACAUUUUGGGACAACAAUAUUUCCCCUUCUCUUCUUUCUCUAGAUGUAAAUUUAGAUGCUGAUAUAUCAGAUAUAUUAUAUAAACAUUGUUCUAAGUAUAAUUGGUGUGGUUUUAACAGACUGGGUAGUCUUGUGCACAGGGUCAUGUUUAUUAGGCACCAAAUGGAAGAAAACAGACUGAAACAAGGAGGGACUACCUGGUGUUGUCCAGGAAGAAAUACUCAUUUUAGUUUUCAGUUGCAAAAUGUUUUCUGCUGGGUGACCUAAUGAACGUGACAGUGAAAAGUUGCAUUGUUGCCUUUGAGGUUGACUUUGUAUAUAGUUGAGUACACUGUCGUUGUGAGAGAUAAAUAGAUAUAUUCUUAUCACAGACAAUCCGUUGUGGAUGAUUGUGGCUUAACGUUUUAUUUUUGGAAUGUGAAAUAUUGGGCACAGGUUUUAGCUGUGAUUCAAGCCUGGUUUUCCUCCUAGUAAGAUACACAGUGAACUGCUAUGCGUAAGACUAGCAUAGUUCUGACUUCUCCUUACAUUCACACAUUUGAAAUAUCUCUUCACAUGCACACUUUCAUGUUUUACUUAGCACUUUGUCAAGUUAUCGAAUGUAUAGAUGAAUAUACAGUAUGUCCCCACUCGUAGAGAAAUAUAAUAUAUAUAAGUAUGUCAAAUGAAUAUAUUAAAUAAAUGAGGAUAAUGAUAAUGAUAGUAAUAUAAUAUAGUUGACCAUACUUGAUUACCCUCUUGGCCUGUGUAUAGUAAAGUGUGUCCCAUGGUUCAUAUAUCAGGGUCCCCUCCAAACAGUUGUCAAUCUAUACAUUGGAUGGGUGGGUGGGGUGGGGGAGUAGGUGGAUGUGGCAUGCUUUAGACGGUUUCUGUUGGUGUGUCUAUCUCCAUCACAUGUCUAGGUACAAACUAUCCUAUUGGGCUCUCUGUUUCUCUAUGGGGAGAGGUUGGUAGCUGGGGCUAUUGUUUGAACAUGAGUUCAAUCAAAGUUGCUUUGAUUAAGAAAUGCUACAAUGCUCCUGGGUGGUGCAGUGGUCUAAGGCACUGCAUCGCAGUGCUAGCUGUGGCACCAGAGACUCUGGGUUCGAGCCCAGGCUCUGUCGCAGCCGGCCGCGACCGGGAGGCCCAUGGGGCGGCGCACAAUUGGCCUAGCGUCGUCUGGGUUAGGGAGGGUUUGGCUGGCAGGGAUAUUCUUGUCUCAUCGCGCACUAGCGACUCCUGUGGCGGGCCGGGUGUAGUGCACGCUAACCAGAUCGCUAAGUGUAUGGUGUUUCCUCCGACACAUUGGUGCGGCUGGCUUCCGGGUUGAAUGCGCACUGUGUUAAGAAUCAGUGCGGCUUGGUUGGGUUGUGUUUCAGAGGACGCAUGGCUCUCGACCUUCGCCUCUCCCGAGUCCGUACGGGAGUUGCAGCGAUGAGACAAGACAGUAACUACUAACAACUGGAUACCAUGAAAAUUGGGGACCAAAAGGGGGUAAAAAAAAUAAGAAAUUAUUAUGUUUUGGUAUGUUUGUCAUAGUCCUGGUGACACAUUUAUUUUUGCUGGUGUGCAUCUACUAUUUGCUAUGGGCUGGUGUGCAUCUCUAAGCUACGGACCUGUGAGAUUUGAAGGUGUGUAACGUGGCUUUCAGUUGAAAGGACACAGAGUGAUGUCCUGCCUAGGGUCAAGGUGUGUGAGGGCUGGUUGGUUUAAUGGCGACCUUUUGACCUUUGAUCUUUGCCAAACAUUGACCAAACACCACAGGUUCUCUCCAGCUGAUUCUAUGCAACAUAGACUUCGUGUUGUGACUGUGUCUGAAUUAUCAAUCUAGAUUCUACAGUCUGAAUUAGCCAUGCAUUUUAGGGGACAAUGGGUUAUUCUGUUUGUGUAUUGUUCACAUGUAUAGUUUUUUUACUGCCUUGAAGUUUGGGAAUGAAUAAGAACAUAUAGCUCUUUGAUUUGUAUAAGUAUGCUUUCACAUACCGUUAAAUGCAACUUUAAUUAUUGCACACAAGCUGUUGUUUUCAUAUGUUUUUUACAUCAUCAAAUGUUAGAUGUAAGUUACAUAGCUAAUUGGAAAGGUAUUUUGUUUUCAGCAAAAUUAUCCAGGGCUUAUAUUUCAACCCAGAAACUCAGUCUUCAGCCCAAUGUCCCAGCAGACUCACACACACACACACACACACACACACACACAGUAGUGACUCUUCACAUAGACUAGAAUCUAAGGAGACACUUUCUUAACACCAGAGCCACGUUCCCAACAGAUUCUAGCUUUUCACUGAGUUUUUAUGCACCCCCACUUUUGAAUAGUUUUAUUUUUCCAGUAUAUAUGUAAUUUGAAAAAUGACCAAAAAAAGUUUAACAAUGUUGAACCUGAUGUUCUAUCUAAAACGGUUACCCACCUGAAAUUGAUAUUUUUUGAUACCAGUGUGCGUGAGUAGUUUCUUCAUACCACACCCAUGCAUGGCCAAGUCCUCCUGAAAGUGACCUCCCUUUCCUAUGUGUGUUAUCGAGCUAAGAUCUACACACACACACACACACACACACACACACACACACACACACACACACACACACACACACACACACACACACACACACACACACACACACACACACACACACACACACACACACACACACACACACACACACAGAAAUGCCAUCUCUUUAUAUCCUACCUUGUAAAUACAUAUAUUUUUUUUUCUACAAGAGGAAACCGAAAGAUUUCCUUGAUAUCUGACAUUAACACAUAUGAUGACGGGAUGAGAACACAAGCAGUAUGUUACUCUCUUGACAUGGCAGAAUACCUACAGGACUUAGAUGGAGUAAAGACCUUAUAAACCUUGCCCUUACACCGGACACAACAGAGUUUUACCAGAGGAUACAAACACAGACAAACCUAGUUGCAGGAGAAUUUAAAUGUGCUCACAACAAUGGAUGUUGCAUGUUUAGUUGGUGGUUCGUUCAUACUAUUUUUGUGUCCAGAAAUUCUAUUUAAAAAGAAAAGAUAGAGAGAUCAAACGUUACGAGGGGAACGACAUUCUGAAGAAUAAUUCUCAGAUUAUUUAAAGAUGUAUGCUGACUGUACAAAGAGUAUGCUUGUAAAAUCCCUCUGGUUUUCCACUUCUAUGUAAACAGAAAAAUCUAAUGUCAUGGUUUUGUGAUUGUACACAGGAGGUAUUGAUAAAUUAUGCAAAUUGUGGUGUAAAAACAACGGCUGUUGCCCCAAGUCUAAAUAUUAAAUAUCUGUACAAAGAAAACAA